GUAUGGCUGUGUGAGACGUGGUUGCAUGGGACGUGGCUGUGUGGGAUGUGGCAGUGCAGGACAUCCCUGUACGGGAUGUUGCUGUGAGGGUCAUCGUGAUGUGCGACAUUGCUGUGUGGGACAUCGCUGUGCGGGACAUCCCUGGCUAUGACAGUGUGGGACACCGUGGGUCACUGCCAUGCAGAUCUUGUGGGGAACAUCCCCUGCCGUGCAGGACACCCUUGGGGACACGCACCCUCCCCACCUCCCGCUCCCGAAGCUUUGCCGCGGCAGCCUGGCCGCUGCCCGGGCCCCCCGGGGCAGGGAGCGGGGGCGGCCGGGCCUCCCAACCCGACCCGGUGGGGCCGGGAGGGCCGGGCAGGACCGCGCCGGCCGCCCCCCCCCCGCCCCCGCUCCCUGCCCGCCGAUCCCGCCCCGCUCCACCGGGUGCCGGUGCCGGCCGGAGCGCGUAGCGGCGGCAGGAUCCUCACGUCGGGGCGGCGCGGUGGCGGGCGGCGCGGUGGCGGGCGGCGCGGUGGCGGGCGGCACGGUGAUGGGCGGCGCGGCGCUGUCGGGAGCGCUGUGGCUGGGGCUGCUGUGGGCCGGGAGCGGGGCCGGGGGCAGCUGCUCGGGGAAGUGCUGCGAGGGCCGGGACGCCGCCUGCGUCAGCGAGGGAUGGAGGGAGGGAGGGGGCUACGGGACCUGCUACUGCGACGGAGGAUGCCGGCGGGCCGGGGACUGCUGCCACGACCACGGCCAGGCGUGCCCGGCUCUUCCGUGCAUUGUGGGGGAGUGGAGUCAUUGGAGUGGCUGUGCAGAACAAUGUAAACCUGAUCUGCGGGUACGUAGGCGCUACGUACAACAGGAACCUAAAAAUGGUGGGGAACCAUGCCCUGCUCUAGAAGAGAAGGCUGGCUGCCUGGAGUACUUGACAUACCAGGGAGAGGACUGCGGCCAUGAACAUGUCCCUGCUUUCAUAACUACCUCUGAAUACGGUAAAGAAAGAAAAAGACGAGCAGCAUCCUCUCUCUGGCCUUCAGAUAAAGAAGCAGCUGGAUACUGUGUAGAAUUUAAAACCGAAUCACUUUCACACCACUGUGCUUUGGAGAAUCGACCAUACGCUCAAUGGAUGCAGUACCUACGAGAAGGACACACUGUGUGUGUAGCUUGCCAGCCUCCAGCUAUGAAAACAGACACGCAUCGUUGUUCUGGAGAUGGGCAUAAUGCAGAUGGAGGUAAAAUCUUACACUGGGAAGCAGUUGGCAACUCUCAGUGCCAAGGAACCUGGAAGAAGAUUCGGCAGCUGGAGCACUGUUCAUGUCCCCUUGUGCAUAGCUUUAUUUUUACAUAAAAGUCUGAAAGACCUUUGAAACAUAAAGAUUAAGAAAGUUAACACCAAUGCCAAGAAACCUAGACCUUUCUGCUGCAUUUUCUGGAGCCUAAUCAAACUCUAAAGGAGUCAGAACUCUGGAAGAAGCAUUUCAGGAAACUCUGCCUAAAAACAAAUCACCAAGACUGAUCUUUGUAUUAGAACACUAGAAGCAUGCAUCCAUGUUUUUCUUUUGUAAUUAAAAGAGCUAAUGUUUCUAACCGUA